AUGGCACGUAAUCCAGCAGCAGGCCUAGAAAACACCCUCUUCCAACUGAAGUUCACUGCCAAGCAGCUCACCCGGCAGGCGGCGAAGGCGGCGAAGGAGGAAAAGCAGGAGACCAACAAGCUCAAGAAGAUAAUUGGCGAGAGCGAGGAGAUCGCGCGGCUGUACGCUUCGAAUGCCAUCCGCAAGCGCAACGAGCGCGUGCAGCUGCUGAAGCUGGCGUCGCGCGUCGACGCCGUGGUGUCGAAGGUCCAGACCGCGGUGACUAUGAGGCAGGUCAGCGGGUCGAUGGCGCAGGUGUGCAAGGGCAUGGACCGCGCACUGCAGAGCAUGAACCUGCAGCAGAUCACGAUGAUCAUGGACAAGUUCGAGCAGCAGUUUGAGGACCUGGACACGAGCGUGAACGUGUACGAGGAGAUGGGGCAGAACGUGGACGCCGUGGUGGUGGACAACGACAAGGUCGAUGAGCUGAUCAGCCAGGCCGCAGAUGAGAAGGGGCUGGAGCUGAAGCAGAGCGCGCAGCUGGGCGAGCUACCGCGCGUGCAGAACGCGCCUGCGGAGGUCACGGAGGACAAGGAGGACAAGCUCGCGCAGCGGCUGCGGAUGCUGCGGGGCUGA